CCCAUCUCGAAUCAGCUGUUCCCUCUGCCGACACAUAAAAGUAUGUGAGGACAAUGAAAACUCAAUCAGACCAGAGAUCAACGGCAGCUUGAAGGAGCUUCAAAAAAAAAAAAAAACUGCGGUUGUAAACGGAGCAGCAGCCAUUCAGAUCCCGUUUCGCUGCGGGGGGGUGGGUGAGCGCUGUGGGUCUCUGUACAAUAACGGAUAACCGCUGUGUCUUUGAGAGGACCGGCAGAGACGGACGGACUUGUGAGCCGUUGGAGAUGCGCUUUUUUUUUCUGCUCGGAGAAAUGAAACUCUAAAGUUUCUAAACGCGCACGCACACAUAAACCUAAGGGGAAGUGGCAAGCUAGCUCAAGUCACCAGUUUCUCAGCCCUCCUUGGCUUUGUUUCUUUGGUCUGUGCCAUCUAUCUCACCAUGGGCAGCCUGCUGAGCGGGGCCAGUAAAGGGGCCAGGGCUCUUCAGUCACCACAGACCUCAUCACGUCAUAGAUGCCACUCGCUGUCUUUUACCCCUGUAUGACUGACUGUUAGGGAAACAAUAAAGCUUAAAUUCUUUUUAGCUUGAACAAAGGAGCCAUGCAUCCGCUGCUGUCCCUCAGUUUCUUUUGGCUGCUUCCCCUGGCCUUGAUGCUGGAAGAAGACUCACCACUGGACUGUGCUCCCCGCAAGUCUGUGCCCUAUCAUAGGAACAAUGCUCACCUUUUUUAUGAGGAGGGUGUAUUCAACUACUCCACCAUGCUGUUGAGAGAGGACCUGAAUCUGCUAAUGCUGGGUGCCAGGGAGGCAGUGUAUGCUCUUGACCUCAGCAACAUCUCCAAGAAACGUGCCUCAGUGAAGUGGGAAGUGACACAAAAGCAAAAAGAUGAGUGUAAAAACAAAGGAAAAGAUCCUGAGACGGAGUGCAAGAACUACAUAAGGAUACUGCAUAAGAUGAAGGAUGACAGGAUGUAUGUGUGUGGAACCAAUGCUUUUGAUCCGGAGUGUGAUUACAUGUCGUACGCAGAUGGAACGCUGACCCUUGAGAAAAAAGAAGAGGAUGGCAAAGGGAAGUGUCCAUUUGACCCUUUCCAGAGAUAUGCCUCCAUCAUGGUUGAUAACAGCCUAUACUCAGCCACUUCAAUGAACUUCCUGGGAUCUGAACCUGUCCUGUUGCGAAGCUCUGCUGUCUCCAUACGCACUGAGUUCAAGAGUUCCUGGCUUAAUGAGCCCAGCUUUGUAUCAAUGGCUGAGAUGCCAGAGAGUGAGAAGAGUCAGGAGGGAGAUGAUGACAAGGUUUACCUGUUCUUCAGUGAGACUGCUGUGGAGUGCGACUGCUACAACAAACUGGUGGUCUCCCGUGUGGCUCGCGUCUGCAAGGGGGAUCUUGGAGGUCAGAGGACUUUGCAGAAGAAGUGGACAUCCUUCCUGAAGGCCAGAAUGGAUUGCCCAGUGCUGGAUUCCCAGUUGCCGUACAUUAUCCAGGACACUUACCUCUGGUGUGACCCCCAACAGGACUGGAAGCACUGUUUGUUCUACGCCAUCUUCACACCACAGUCAGAUACAUCAGACCUGUCUGCAGUGUGUGCGUACCAGGUGUCUGACAUUAGCAGAGUGUUUGCGGAGGGGAAGUACAAGACUCCUGUCCCCGUAGAAACCUCUUUUGUUAAGUGGGUGAUGUAUAGCGGAGAUGUCCCCACCCCUCGGCCUGGAGCUUGUAUAAACAAUGAGGCUCGUAAAGCGGGUAUAACUCAGACUCUGGACCUCCCAGACCGGACCCUUCAGUUUAUCAAAGAUAGGCCCCUCAUGGACCAGGUUAUCCAGCCAAUAGGAGAGAAGCCUUUGCUGGUGCGAAGGGGAGCCACAUUUACCCGCAUCAUAGUCAACCGAGUGCAGGCUGCGGAUGGCGAGAAGUACCAUGUGAUGUUUAUAGGCACAGAAAAAGGCACCAUGCUGAAAGCUUUGAACUACCAAGGGGAGAUGUUCAUCAUAGAGGAAACACAACUUUUCCAGCCCCCAGAGCCAGUCAAGAUUCUGAAAUUUUCUCAUGUCACGGGUCAGCUCUAUGCAGGCUCAGACUACGGAGCAGUACAGAUACCACUGGCCAGCUGUGAAAGGUCCUUAUCCUGUAUGGACUGCAUACUAGCCAGAGACCCAUACUGUGGCUGGGACAAAGAUGUUGGGAAAUGUGUUGCCCUUUCUGAUUCCCAAAGAGAGCUAAUCCAAAGUGUGAAAGCAGGAAAUGCCUCUCUUUGCCCAAAUGCUGAUCCUGUUAAACCCAUGAAUCAGUCCAUCUGGCCAGGUGGCAACCUGAAGCUCAGUUGCCCUUUGCCUUCCAACUUGGCAAAAACCAGCUGGCAGCGCGACAGCAGCCCUCUGACCCCUUCAGCUCGGUUCCAGCUACUACAAGACGGGCUGCUUAUCUUCAACGCUUCAGACAGCGAUAGUGGUCUGUACAGCUGCCUGUCUGUGGAGAGCUCCAAAACUGCCGAGUACACAACCACUGUGGCUGAGUACCACGUCACUGUAGCCUCAGCGGGCGGUCAGAUAUUUCCACGGGCUCAGACAGAAGGUCCCUCUGUGGUUGGACUGAAAGCUGUAGUCGGACUCCUAGUAGUUUGUCUUCUUGUCCUUUUGGCCUGGAACUUUUACAAAGGCCACCUACCUCUUCCCUGGAAUUGUGGAAAGACGAAUAGCAAGCAAACCCAGGAGUACCGUGAGGAGGGGGCUCUGAACUCCGGCGUGCAUUACCAAGAGGCACAGAGGCCUGCAGUGGCAGAGGACAAACCCCUGGUGUCUGGAAGAAACAACGGCAGCAGUAAUAACAACCACACCGGAGGGGAGGCAGCACACAGUGAUGCAAGGGAGGAGAAUGAUGCCCCGAGAGUUAGCUUACCAUCUCUGCAGUACAUUGAUGAUGAGUCAGAAAUAUGAAAAUGACGAGCACGUCUUUCAGUUUACCCUAGAGCAUGGUUCAAGUUUAAAAGAAGAAUGGAAAAGCCACAAAGCAUUUGUUCCUAAGCACAACAACUGGAUUCAUUAGUUCAUUUUAGAGAUAAAAUGACAGCUUUUACAUCAUUAAAAGCAAGUUGGAGUACAAGAGUAUUCCAAGAGACUAUAAACUGUUAAGACUGUACACACCAGAAGUUUCGGUGAGUUUUUUGUACAAGUAUGAGAGAUGCUUGAAUUUCUGCUUCACUUUUUUUUGGUUUUAAUACAAUUGUAUAUGUACAUUUGAAAGUAUAUUUUUAGAUUCAUACUAAUUGUUGAUAAUCUUGUUCAAAGAUUGAAAUGUCUUGUAAAGGCCGGUAUGAUUUUCACAGGGAAUGUACAGUAACUGAAAUUGAGCCAUUUAAUUUCUAACCACUAGCUGCAGAGAUUUAGUUUUAUUGUAUUAAACCUUUUCUACCUGG